AUGCAGUUCACCAGCCUCACCGUCGCGCUCGUCAGCUUCCUCGCCGGCACCGCCCUCGCGGCACCGGCGCGCGAUCGCGAGGCCAGCCCCUUCGAAGGCCAGCCGUGCAGCCGACGCCAAUUCAGCGGCUUCUGCCGCUUCGACGGGCGCUGCGGUCUCCAGAUCCCGCCGAACGAGACGUCGUUCGUGUUCGUCAAGGGCCAGUGCGGCAUCUGA